CGCGAGACGACCGGCGUGGUGAGCAUGGUGUACACGCAGUCGGAGAUCCUGCAGAAGGAGGUGUACCUCUUUGAGCGCAUCGACUCCUUCAACAGGGAGCCGAUGAAGCACCUGAAAGCCAUUUGCUUCCUGCGGCCCACCAAGGAGAAUGUGGAAUAUCUCAUUCAGGAGCUGCGGAGGCCGAAGUACAGCAUCUACUUUAUCUAUUUCAGCAACGUGAUCAGUAAGAGUGACAUCAAGUCCUUAGCUGAGGCUGAUGAGCAGGAAGUCGUGGCAGAAGUCCAGGAGUUCUACGGAGAUUACAUUGCUGUGAAUCCCCACGUUUUUUCUCUCAACCUCCUGGGCUGCUGUCAGGGCCGCAACUGGGAUCCAGCCCAGCUGGCCAGGACGACUCAAGGGCUGACUGCUCUGCUGCUGUCUCUGAAGAAAUGCCCCAUGAUUCGCUACCAGCUCUCUUCGGAGCCGGCAAAGAGGCUUGCUGAAUGCGUGAAGCAAGUGAUCACUAAGGAGUACGAGCUGUUUGACUUUCGGCGCACGGAGGUUCCUCCGCUGCUCCUCAUCCUGGACCGCUCCGACGACGCCAUCACCCCGCUGCUCAACCAGUGGACGUACCAGGCCAUGGUUCACGAGCUGCUGGGGAUCAACAACAACCGCAUCGACCUCUCUCGCGUGCCGGGCAUAAGCAAGGAUCUCCGGGAGGUGGUCCUGUCCGCCGAGAACGACGAGUUCUACGCCAACAACAUGUACCUGAACUUCGCCGAGAUCGGCAGCAACAUCAAGAACCUCAUGGAGGAUUUCCAGAAGAGGAAACCCAAGGAGCAGCAGAAGCUGGAAUCCAUAGCGGAUAUGAAGGCGUUUGUGGAGAACUACCCGCAGUUCAAGAAGAUGUCCGGCACGGUGUCAAAACACGUGACGGUGGUGGGCGAGCUCUCCCGCCUGGUGGCUGAGCGCAACCUGCUGGAGGUGUCGGAGGUGGAGCAGGAGCUGGCCUGCCAGAACGACCACUCCAGCGCCCUGCAGAACGUGCGGCGCCUGCUGCAGAACCCCAAGGUGACGGAGCUUGACGCCGCGCGGCUGGUGAUGCUCUACGCCCUGCACUACGAGCGCCACAGCAGCAACAGCCUGCCGGGGCUGCUGGCGGACCUCAGGAACAGAGGGGUGCCAGACAAAUACCGAAAGCUGGUGUCUGCCGUUGUGGAGUACGGAGGGAAACGGGUCCGGGGCAGCGACCUGUUCAGUCCCAAGGACGCUGUAGCCAUCACCAAGCAGUUCCUCAAAGGUCUGAAGGGCGUUGAGAAUGUGUAUACCCAGCACCAGCCUCUCCUGCAAGAAACGCUAGACCAGCUCAUCAAAGGGAAGCUCAAGGACAGCCAGUACCCCUACCUGGGGCCCAACACUCUCCGGGACAGGCCCCAGGACAUCAUCGUCUUCGUCAUCGGAGGGGCGACCUACGAAGAGGCGCUGACCGUCUACAACCUGAACCGCACCAACCCGGGGGUGCGCAUCGUCCUGGGGGGCACCACGAUCCACAACACCAAAAGCUUCCUGGAGGAGGUUACGGCUGCAGGGUUCCGUGGCCGAAGCACCGAGAGCUCUCAAGCGCCGCCGAGGCCAAGCAGCAGACGAUGAAUCUUGGAGGAAUUCCCGUCCCAAAAGCACCCGAAUGCUGCCGUUGGCGUCCGAGGUGACGUGCCCCAAGCUGCAGCCCCCUCGCUGCCCUCUCACUACCGCAGCUCUCGGGAGCUCUCCAAGUUGGGGCCCACAGGAGAAGUCCCUCCCGCAGCCCGGAGGCUCUGCACGGCUCUGGCCGGUGGCUGUGCGCUGCCUUGCUCUGUCGGUGCUGGGUGAGCCCCCCCCAGGACACGUCCAAUGGCCCCAGUUCCCACGUGCAUCUCUGGAAGGGGAUGGGCACUGCAGGACCUUUGCUCUGCUCAGCUGUCUGUAUAUUUCGAGUCCUAUUAAACGAUCCGUUUGGCCGAACCUCUCA